AUGAAAAUAUACAAUAUGUCAUUAUUUAUAGGGAAUAUAGUUCAAGAUAUUAGAAACUCCUGAAGAACAAUGACUUCUCCAAUGCUCAAAUUGUUGAUAACUAUGCUUCUUGCAACCCUAUCAUUUCAAGCAUCAGGACAAUUCAUGGAAUGGUGCAUAGCUGAUGAGCAAACACCAGAUGAUGAGUUGCAGAGGGCCAUGGAUUGGGCUUGUAAUGUUGGUGGAGCAGAUUGCAGCAAGAUAAAACCGAACCAACCAUGUUAUCUUCCAAAUACAAUCAAGGAUCAUGCUUCUUAUGUCUUCAACAAUUACUAUCAGAAGUUUAAGAACAAAGGAGGAUCUUGUUAUUUCAACUCUGCUGCAUUAAUCAAUGCUCUUGAUCCAAGCCAUGGCUCUUGCAAGUUUGAGUUUAUCCCUUGAAUGAAGUUUGCAGUAAAUUAUUUUCUCAUAGCGAAGACAUUAAUGAAGUCAUUGAAAUGUUCUGUCUAUGUCAUAAAUUGCUGUUGUAUCACAUCUUGAUAUUAAAACAUAUCAAAGUGACAUUGAAUUCUUA